AUGCACAUCAACAUCAGAAUCACCCCCGAAUCAGAGACAACUCUCCCCUUCUCAGCAACAACCUGCCCGAACUCCGUACCCCGCACCAACAAAACCGCCAAACCACAAUAUCUCUACUUCGCCUACGGCUCCAAUCUCUCCCCAACGCAGAUGAAACAGCGCUGUAUUAUUAAUCCCUCUCUUUCAGCAAAACCGCUCGCCAUCGCUAUCCUCCCGAAGUGGAGGUGGCUUAUCUGUGAAGCGGGGUACGCUAAUGUCCUCCCUCCACAAGGGAUGCGGGUCGGGCCACAAAACAGCAAAGCCGCGUCCAAAGUACCGAUUUCAGGAACCGAGGAUGCUGUUUACGGCGUCUUGUAUGAAAUGGAUCCGGCGGAUGAAGAGUUACUAGACGGGUACGAGGGUGUGGAUUUGGAUGCGGAGGACGCGGACGGAAGUGGGGAGGUGGGGGUGGAUAGCCGGCCUAAGGAACAAGGGGAAGGAGACUACAACAAGUGGUAUCUUCCUGCUACUGUUGUCAAAUGGAUUGACGAAGUGGAAGGCGGGGAACAUCGGCUCAAGACGGAAUCUGGGGGCCAGGUUCCUGUUCUUGUUUAUGUGGAUGAGGAACGAGUGAUGGUGUCGCCGCCGAAAACUGAGUACAUUGCUCGGAUGAAUCGGGCGAUUCGGGAGUCGGUGGCGUUGGGAGUUUCCGAGAAGUGGGUUGAGGAAGUUAUGAGGCGGUUUAUUCCGGCGCAGUAG